GAGUAUAAAGUGGCAUAUAAUAUAGUAAUCAAGAUUCUCACGAUCCUCAACAGAGCCCUCGCCACCUAUAUUUUGCACUGCCUGCUCUUCCUUCCUUUCCACUCGUCCCUCAAAACUCUCCUUCCGCAGCUCCAAAGGCAGAACCAGAGCAAACCCAGACAGAGACCUCUCUCUCUCUCUCUCUCUCUCUCUGUCUCUCAUGGCGGUGGAGUCUCGGCAUCCCCAUCUUAUCCCUCCACAGCUCCUCGGCAGCAGGUGGGAAGCGGCGAUGAUGAUGGCCCACCACCCCGCUGUGGAAGCGAACGCCAGCUUGUACGGCUCGCAGCCCAUGUACGGGCUGCCCUUGUCGGGAACCUCCACCGCGGACUCUCUCCUGUUCCCCGUGUACAAUCACAACCUCAGCAGCCAUGUCUCCGCCGCCCGCCCCCUCGACGAGGCCAUGCAUCUUAAGACGACGACGGCGACGACGACGCCGUUGAAGUCCGAGAGCGGAAUCACCUACAUCAACAACACCAACACCAACACCGCCCUGCCUUCGUUAUCGUCGUCCUCUCGAAAGCGCCCCAGGGACUCGAAUCAGGCCUUGUCAUUCUCGACGACGGAGAUUCAGCCCGACGGCAGGGGCAGUUGCGGCCGCUUCGCCUUCCUCGGGGAAGACGUUUCUCUCCACGUCCACCACCAGUUUCUCGACAUCGACCGCCUCGUCACUCAACACAUGGAGAAGUUGCGAGCGGAGAUGGACGAGCAGAGGCAGAGCCAAGCGCGGAGGCUCGCGGAAUCGAUCGGGCAAGGCCUCGCGAAGCGGCUCCGAGCGCGGGAGGAAGAGAUCGAGAAGAUCGGGAAGCUGAACUACGCGCUGGAGGAGAGGAUCAAGUCGCUCUGCAUCGAGAACCAGAUAUGGCGCGAUCUGGCGCAGACGAACGAAGCCACCGCGAACGCGCUGCGGACGAACCUGGAGCAAGUGCUGGCGCAAGUCAGGACGGCGGCGGACGACGCGGGCGAGUCGGCCGACCUCGACGAAGCCACGAACCACCGCCGGAACGGCGGCGGCGGGGGAGGCGGGGUCGACGACAACGCUCUGAUGGAGGACGCGGAGUCGUGCUGCGGGAGCAGCGGCGGCGGGGAGGAAGAGGAAUGCGAGGGGCGGCGGCGGCGGCCGGCGGAGGAGGAGGGGAGGAGGCGGUUGGGGUGCAGGGGGUGCGGGAAGGAGGAGGUGCGGGUGCUGAUUCUGCCGUGCAGGCAUCUGUGCCUGUGCCCGACCUGCGAGCCGUCGUGUCGUGCAUGUCCGGUGUGUAAGUCUGCCAAGAACGCCAGUUUCAUCAUUAACGUGGCGUGAUCGCGGGCGGGAAAUUGCCAAAAAAAUCCCUCCAGAUAUGUGGAAAUGGCAACAAAAAAAAAAAAAAAAAAGAGGAAAAUCUUUGCACAUUGUUGAUUAUGAUGAGCCUGUUUAUUCCCCCCCCCCCCUUUUUUUUGGCAAUUUGGCCCACUUCUUAGCUCGAAAUUGCGUCAUUGAUACCCUCCUCCGCACGUAUAAAAUGUGGCGAUUAGGUGCUAA